GAAAGAAUCGAAAGGCAGCCGGCAGGUUUUGUUGCUUCUCAGUCAAAGUUCUCAAAUGGUGAUUGAUGAUUGUUCUUUCCCCUGCCUCCUGCAUGUAUUAUUCCGCUAGUGCUCUGCUUCUCGUUGGAAAAGGCAUACAAAGGAGCUCUUAACCAAAAAAAAAAAAAAAACUGUAAUUUCCCGAAUCCUUUCUGACAAGAUAUUGUUCGUUUGAGAGACGAUCCUCACAGAUUUCAAUUUGUAAAGCAUAUUAAGAUAACUUCCGAGUCUUCACAAGAACUUCUCAAUUUCACCCCCAAAUUUGUCUUGUCAAUUAAAGCCGAUUUCUUACUUAUCAACCAUGGAACUUUAUCAAUAUGAGAUUCAACUAACGUGUUACAUACAUCCCCUUUGUGAUUCAACGUCCUCGUUGAGGUUUGUUCCGCUAUCGUUCAAGAGAGAUGCAGAGAGGCUCUAGUAUACUUGUAGCAUCCCGAACCUUUUCUCAACAAGAUAAUGUCCGCUUUGGGAUAUGACUCUCAUGAAUUUUGAUUUGGGUUGCAUAUCAAGGUGAUUUGCCAUAAGGCCACCUUUUUUGUGGUGCUCCACGCUGAACGCGUUUAACUUUGAAACUCUCACGAUAACUCCUCAUUCCACCCCAAAAGGCGUCUUCUCAGUUAAGAUCGUUUUCUUACUUAUGAAUUAUGAAUAUCUCACGUGCUUUAUCGAUGUGAGAUUCGUCUUGUUUGCUUGUUGGAUUAGAAGAUGAAGGUUUUGAGUUUUGAAAACCUUUGUAUUUAUGAUGGAUUUGCUGUAUUUUUGUAUUUGAAAGAUAACAUUGUUUGUUUAGUUGAAUUUUUAUCAUGAAUUAUGUUCAUUUGGUAUUUGGAUCUCAAAAAUUUGUCUUCCAUAAUAUGUUUUAGGGAUUUUUCCAGAAAUAGUACCUUUAAAAAAAAUUACAAAAAUAGCACCCAUCCGAAAAAAUUUACACUAAUAGCACCCUUUUUAAUAGACCACACCUUAGAGGUGCGUUCCAAAUUUCUGGACCAAAACCGCAUUUUGGCCAUGCGGUUUUAGGUAUGACCUACAGAAACCGCUUGGCCGAGGUGCGAUUUUGGCCUGACCUAUUAAAACCGCAUCAUAAAGGUGCGGUUUGUUUUUCCCAAACAAAACCGCACCCUCAUGGUGCGAUUUUGCCAUACAAACCGCACCUUGAAGGUGCGGUUUUGGUCAAUCAAUUUCCGACAUACCAUGCAGACGUAACAGACGUGGGUCUGCAUGGGCCUGCAUGGCAGACGAAAACCGCACCUUAGAGGUGCGGUUUUCAUCAGUGAUUUUGCCUAUAAAAGGCCUCCCGGACAACCACUUCUCUUCACACCUCUCCUUCUCCCUUUUCAAUUUGCUGUUGUAGCUCUAUAUUUCUUUAGUAGUUUUGCGAUUAACGUGAACUCAUAAGUUUAUUUAGUAUUACUUUUUAUUGUUAUUUUUUAUUUUUGAUUUUUAUGAUAUUAACUGAACUACGGUUUUAUAGCAGAUGGCAUUCCAAAAGUUUACGCUUGGCUUACGGUGGAAUGGUUACACGGAAGAGACCGGAAAGGGGGUCACCUACGUAGGUGGCAAUUUUCAGAAGAUAAAGGUCGCUACCAGACCGCUGCUUGAAGACCUCCAUCAAAUGUGCACUAACGUUACUUGCAUGGAUGACACGAGAAGAGUUGAUCGUAUGGUGUACCGAUAUCCAAACAGAGAAAGUGGGUCAUUGUGGCAUGAGGAAUAUCUCAUAACCACUCAGGAUGAGGUAGACGCCAUGCUCGAAUUCAUGAGGUCCAACAAUCUUUCCAAAGCCGAGAUGUACGUUUACACCGAGCUGGUCGUAGGCGUUGGAGGUCAUCCUGGACACGGUCAAACAUCUGGUAUCCAUGGUGGAGGUGAAUUAUAUGGCGAUCAUCCCCACCAAAGUUACCAUGAUCCUCAUUCAUAUUUUCAGUACCAAGAGCAAGGUGAAGGUCAUCAUCAAUCUUUCCCUUCAUAUGAAGAAGAAGUUCAACCGGACCUCCCCAACCAACCUCAGUACAACUUCCACUCAGGCAGCGGUAGUUUUCACAACUACCAUUAUGGAGCUGAUGAAGGUGCCUUUCAUGAGCUGGAUCAGAUGGAGGAUGCCCUGCCAGCACCAGUCAGUGACCCCUCCGAUGAAGAAGGAGAGAACAACGUCAGUGCAGACAGCUCCGACCCUCUUGAAGGUGCUGAUGAUUCAGGACCAGAGUCAGACUCAGCUAAUGAUGAUGAGAGGGCUCGUGACCGUGUACCAGUCCCCUACUACAAUCACAUUCCAGACGACAAUUGGAUGGUCGACAACGACAUGGAGCCGCCAGAGGUCCCAAUAUGGGGUCCACUCACUGGGUUUAUGAAGGGCCAACAAUUUGGCUCGAAGAAGGAGGUGCGGCACGCCAUUAGAGAGGCAUUGCACAAGUUGUGGUAGAUAUUAGCUAGGCAAGCGGAUGCCCAACUAUACUCCCCUAUCUCCUCCCAACUACCGAGGAUGAUCCUAAGCCAUCCACAACUAAGGAGAUUGCUUGAUUUUUUUGAGAAGAACACUCCUCCGAUCAUAUGCCAAUGAGAUAGACCCGAGCAUAUCUCUCCUUCUCAUCUUCCGGACUUUCCUCGGUUAGGGGAUGACUCUCGUAAUGGUCUCUAAAAUACUUCGUCAACCAAGUAAUUGAGGCUUGGUGUUUCCUCAUUGGUGGCAUGCGAUCGGUCGCAUCAACGCACCCCUUCACUGGUACUUUGACUCCCAAAACACUGUAGAUGAAAUGAACCCAACCCGGCAUACCGUCACAAUCCUCGGGGGGAUGAUCACUCACGCACACCGGUUUGUCGUCGAUGGGGAGAUGGGUUAGGAUGGCGACAUCCUUUAGCGUGAUGGUGGCCUCUCCUUCUCUAAAGUUGAAACAAUGGGUCUCCUUUCUCCAUCUCUCAACUAAUGCAGUGAUGAGUUGGCGAUCAACUUUGAUGCCGUUAAAAUGUCUAAUCGAGUCCAACCGUGCUCUUUUGAGAAAGGGCAAGAUAGCUGGGUGGAAUGAGAGCACAUUGGUCGUACCCCUGUAGCGGAUUAUUGUUUGUGCCUCCUAGGGAAAAUUUACACGUUAAUUAUUAUAUAUUAGUAAGGGUUUAUUCCUUAUAACUAAAUUAAUUAAAUUAAAUGAUUUAACUUCAAGCAAAAUUUUGUUAUCAUAACAAGACAUUUGAUAUAAUUAACAUAAUAGCAUUCUAAAUUAAUAAUAAUUUAAAGAGAUACAUACAUAUUAUAAUUUAAAGAGAUACAUACAUAUUAUCGUAAAACAAACAUACUAACUUAACUAAAAUAAAUAACAUUGUUAAUGAAUAAUAAUUUAAGAGAAACAUACAUAUUCAAAUGUUUCAAAUUAAUAAAAUUCAUUUUCUACACAUCAAAAUAAAUCGUAAGGGUUGUUUGGUAAAUAAUUUAAUCGUGUUGGUUGUUUUAAAUAAUUUAAUCGAAUCCAAAACAACACUCGUUAGACUCUUAGAAGAGAUAUACGUCUUCUUAGAAACGCAGUCUUUUUGACAGAAAAAGGGGGGAUCCGAGGAUCUCUUAAUACCCGAUUUUCCCAGGGAAUGGGAGGAUAUGAUAAUCGCUUAAAACCCCAUUUCCUUAGACGUGCAUCUCUUUAUAAAGAUUCGAAGUAAGUGGCGCUAUGUAUUCGAUUAAAUUAUUGAAAACAACCAACACGAUUAAAAAUUAAACAUAAAUUUAUUUUAUAUUCCACUAAAUACAUUAACAAAAUAAAAGAAGGACAAAUGGUAAAGAAUUGUAUGUACCGGGUGAGCGUUCCAAACAUCCCUUGACCGAUGGUUGGGUUGGUCGUACAAGUCGGUUGGAUCCAACGGUCAUUGCUCGAGAUAAUACCGUUGGUUGUAUAUAUCCACGUCCUCCCCAACCUACGAGAAAAUAACAACGAGGUUAGUACAUAGAUUAAUUAAAAAGCUUAUAACAACAACAAAAAUUAAACCAGAAUAAUGAGUACGUUCCGCUUGAAAUUCAUCAACAUAAACUCCUUCUCCUUGCCACCAAUCAGCCAUUUUUUCGGCGCAAUUCGGACAGAGCUUCGGCUCGGCGGGUUUUGAGGAAAAAACCUAAGAAAUGUUUUCUGAUGGC